AUUUUCUCUUUUUGUCAAAAGAAAAAUCCCAAAUCCAUUUUUUCCUCUUUCGAACCCUAGUUUCACGAUCAGUCUCGAUUCGUCUUCCUUCCAACCGUUCUUCUUCCCUUUCAGGCUUUUCCAGCUUCGGUAAACGAGUUUCGAUACCGAGAAGAAGAAGAAGACUGUUCGUUAGCUGUAAAUCGACCAGCGGCGGCGGCGGAGGAUCAGAUAAAGCUUGGUGGCGAUGAGGAAGAAGAGAGCGAGGAAGUUGAGCGGGCGCUUCACUUGGACGGUACGAUCCCUGGAACUUCCGAUGAGUUUGUAAGGCAAGUCUCGUCUCGUGCUUACGAAAUGCGUCGGAAAUUAGAGCAGACGUUUGAUUCCACCAGCUAUGACGGUCGCUCGGAUUGUAUCUCCCGUCGCUAAAUGUCUCGCAACCAGUCUUUUGAUGACGGCAAGGUUAGUUCUUUUGCGGAUCUAAAAGCUAAAGAGAAGAAACUCCAGGAAAAGGAGGCUGAAUUGAAGCGGCGAAAGCAGAUUCCUGUGGCGAAGAACGAGCAAUCUCAGCCUUUUGUCACUCCUUCGACGGUGAGGGAAGAGGCAUCCACUGUGAAAGUUCCAGAACCGAUGGCAUGGGAAUCUUCCAGCGACGAAGAAGAAGAUUCAGGUUUUGAGGAAGAAGAAGGAGGGGCAUCCACAGCGAAGAAGACUUCGGUUCCAGAAUCGGCACCACGGGAAUCUUCCAAUGACGAAGAUGAAGAGUCAGCUUCUGAUAAAGAAGAAGAAGAAGAUUCAGGUUCUGAGAAAGAAGAAGAAGAAGAAGAAGAAGGAGAUUCUGAAGAGGAUGAUGGACCGGAUUCUGAAGAGGAUAAUUAACCAUCCAAGGAUGAUCCAGCUCCUGUUGUGGCUACUGGAUUUGCUUAUGCUCAUGUUUCUGCUUCUUUGGUGGCCGCUACAGCAAGUUCAGAUUCAAAAGAGACUGAGAGCAGAUCUGCUCCUGCUCCUGCUUCUUCUCAUGUUCCGGCUUCUUCAUCCCGCCCACCAAAGAAGAAGAGACAAAUUACUGAAGUGGCGGCUGCUUUAACUGUAGCGAAACGUGCCAAGAAUGUGAGGUUUCAGAGAGUGUGGAGUGAGAAAGAUGAGAUUAUGUUGCUUCAGGGAUUGAUUGAGUAUCAGAGCAAGACAGGUCAGAGCGAUUCUGAAGACAUGAAUGCAUUUUUCCAUAGUAUUCAAAGAUCUAUUAGUUUUGAAAUGAA